AUGUCUCAACCACCACAUGCUGACUCUUUCAUGCACUACUUUCCAAUACAAUCUCUCUUACUGCCAGAACUUCAACAACAUGUUUUAAAUUUUCUCGAUCCGAAGAGCCUUCUCUCCGUGCUCGUGUGCGAUCAACACUUUUACUUUCAAGUGACGAGAAACGAGGCCUUCAAGGCUUUCCGAUUGAUGACCAUGAUCCAAAUGGGUCCAGCAAUGUUUCCGCGAGGAGUCAUUAAACUCAGAACGGACAUGCCAACCGAUACAUCUCUCAUGCGUGUUGCCAUUCAAUUCUUUUUGAACAAGAGUAAAUGGAUCAAUCAAGUGGAGUAUAAUAUAUGGAGAGCUCAAGCUUUUGCAUUUGAAGAUGAUGCGAACAGUAGUGAAACUUUGAAGAAACAAGUCGAUGCUUGCUUGUGUGAGUUGAUGCAACAAGUGAAAAUUUUCGAUGUGAAGGAAGUUGCUCUGACGGACGAGGAACUUAAAACGAUACGUUACGCUUUUUUGAGAAAUGAAUUCAUGAAUUGGAAAAAAGCCAUUCAAACAUUCAAAAGUGUCGUUACAACUUCUCAAAAAGGAUACGAGAAGGAGUCUUUCAAUCGUGAGAAACAUCAAAUUUUGGAAAGUUUAGAUCAAUGUGCUACCUUUCCACAUGGCCUGAAGGAAAUGGAUACCAUCAUACCUAAUUUAAGAUAUGCACAAGACAAUUCCAGUGACGAUUAUACAAGAAUGCGUCAAUUCAUGUGGAGAGAUCGAAAGGCACACUAUGACCUUAACGAAAUAUUGAAUGUUGCAUGUGAACACGAGAAGAUGAUUUACUUUUUAUUGAGACUAGGUUUACUUCCCUAUUCAAACAUUCCUUCCCUCUAUCAAAAUAAUAGACAUGUGAUUCUCUUCGCUAUACGCUACUAUGUGGAGGACGGCCCAUUUGUUAGAUCCAAACAUUGGAUUCCCAGGCAAGAUAAAAAAUUGUUUGAAGGGACUGUUAAACUCGUACCAGAAUUAGCAGGAGAUAAGGAGAUCAUUAAGGCAGCAUUACUUUCCAAGAAAGAGAGUCUGAUUCAUUCCGUUUAUCAAACAUCAUGUUAUGGAAAGAUUGAGAAUAGUCCACUCGGCGAAGAGGACUAUCGCUUCUUGGGUAACGUGAUAAAACAAUAUCCAAAAUUAUUGAACAUGUUGGUGAAGUAUAACAAGGAAACCGCUCAAAAAUAUACUUGGACAGAAGAAGAUUUGAUGAAAAUUUUAAAUUAUUGCCCGAAUGCCUACUCUGAACUGACCCCAGAAAACCCAGAGAAUUCCAACAAAAACUGGAGAUCUUUUAAAUACUACUCGAAACUCGCUUUACACGCUGUCACACUUAUGGGAGAAAAUUUAUCAAGCGUCGUUUUGGGAGAAACUUACACAAAUUCUGGAGAACUUGAACAAGUAAGAAAUCUUUGUGUGACAGCAGUGAAGCAUUUGAAUCAUCCAUUUAAUGUCUCGAAAUUAUUCUUUUCAAAAAUUCCAGGAGCACUAACCAAAGACCGAGAUUUUCUUAAGAAAGUAAUUCCACAAUGUCCCAGGAUAGGAUAUUUCAUUGAUGAUUUGUUUUUGGAGAAGGAUUGGGAUCUAAUCAUGUUUCUGGCCCCUUUUGUUUCCGUUGUUGAUAUUCUCUUCAUACUGAGUUACAGCUCCACAACAAGAGGAUUAGCAUGGGGGGUUAUCAAUGACAAGAGAAUUCACAAAACCCCUGAUUUUCUUUACAAUAAUCGAGAAUUUGCAUUGGCUACUCUUAAAUCAUUUCCUUUGCAAUACAAUAGAUUUUCAUCGCAAAUUCAAGAAGAUCCUGAAGUUUUUAACAUUAUUCUAGAGAGCGGAUGUGACAUUUCUACUUUACCAGUAUUUUACAAAAAAGUCAAGGGAAACAAACUAUUGGCAGAAAAGGCAUUACGAUUUGGUGCCAAUAUUUUUCUCUUUGAUGAAUGCAUUUACAAUGACAGAGAGUUAUUCAAAAUUGCCAUUACUCACGACCCAAGAUUGAUUGGCAUGAGUGAUGUCUUUAAAGGUGACAAAGAAAUGGUCAUAUAUGCCAUGGAACAAAGUAAGAAUUUCAAAAGUCUCUCUCCUAACUUUUUGAACUUUAGUUUCCUUGAUCAAAAACUCUUGCAAGAUAGAGAAGUUGUUGAGAAGGUCAUUAUGGAGACUGAAACUUUUUUGGACAUUCAACACUUACCAAAAGAAUAUCUUAGUGACAAAAUUUUGAUGAAAGCCACCAUUCUCAAGAAUGGACAGGCCUAUCCGUUACUACCAGACGAAUUGAAAAAUGAUUUGGAAAUUGCAGAGGCUGCCAUACGAAGCAGUUCUAAAAAUUACAAUUUAUUACCAAAACAGUUGAGAGAUCGAAGAGAAUUCUUUUUAUUGGCUGUUUCACGAGGUCUCAUUUACGUUGAAAAGCCAUUCCAUAUGGCACCUCAGAGCGACGAUUAUGUGAAAUGGGAAAUUUUUAGCGACUCUUCAUCGGAAAUUGUAGUGCGAUUGGUGUGA